CGUUAUUUUUGUAGUUAUUGGUGUUGGCAGGCAGUGGUUAUAAUGCAUAAAUAUCUUAGAGCUUCAAAUGGGCAAGGUUGUAGUGCGGCAACCAUUGAAGAAAAAGAGCAAGAGGAAGAGCCGCAAACCAAAAAGGCGCGAUAUGGUCAGUCCAAUGUGUGGAAUUUUUUUAAUAAGUCCUCGGAUGGCAAGACUGCCAAAUGUUUAAAAUGUGGUAAAAUUUAUCAAACCAGCGGAAACACCACCAACAUGGCGGGACAUUUAAAGCGGGUACACCCAACGUUAACGGUGAGUGAGUUGUCAAAGGCUUCAGGACAUAUGGCGGCUUAUUUGGAUAAAAAAUAUGAAGCCUCAUCGAAACGGAAGAGAGAUUUGGACAGCGCAUUGUUAAAUUUCAUUUGCUCCGAUUUACGUCCAUUUUACAUUGUAGAAAACGAGGGAUUUAAGCAAUUUGUAAAUGCUUUGGAUCCCCGAUACGAAUUGCCUUCACGAUCAACAUUGCUUUCAACAUGUUAUAAUAAUUUAUUCAUGAACAUGAGAAUGAAACUGAAAAGCAUUUUGCAAGAAGUGGAAUAUUGCGCUGUGACAACCGACUGUUGGACAUCUCGAGCCAACGAGGCUUAUUUGACCGUAACUUGCCAUUUUAUAGAUCCAGAAUUUAAACUUCGCACAGCAGUACUUUCGACUAGUAAGUUACAGAAUGAGAAAAAUCAUUCUGCAGAAAACAUUGCGAACUCUCUAUGUGCAGUGCUAAUUGAAUGGGAAGUUAUGGACAAAGUUGCAGCCAUUGUUACCGAUAGCGCAAGAACAAUGAUAAAAGCAUGUGAGAUAUUGCAAAAAAGACAUGUGCCAUGCUUUGCGCAUGUUAUUAAUUUAAUAGUUCAACAAUGCCUGAAUCAAGAGAAAAUAAAAGUUAUUAUGGGGAAUGCAAAAGUAUUGUGGGAUUUUUUAAGAAAAGCACAGUAG